AUGUCCCGUUUGAUCGUGAAAGGGCUCCCGAAGUACCUUUCUGAAGACCGUCUCAGGAAGCAUUUUGCCGCCGAGGGCGCUGUUUCAGAUGUGAAACUCAUGAAAAAGAGAAACGGUGAAUCCAGACAAUUUGCAUUUAUCGGUUACAGAUCUUCUGAAGAUGCGAAAAAAGCUGCUAAAUUCUUCAACAAGACGUUUAUUGAUACUGCCAGAAUCGACGUGGAAGUCGCCAAAACAUGGGCCGAUCCUACUGUGCCGCAGGCCGUCAGAGAAAAGAGGAAAUUGGCUGAAAGGCGCUUGAUGGAGCAGGAAGAAAGGCUUCAGAGACAGAAGGAGGAAGCUGAGCAGAGAAAGAGACAAAAGACGGAUAAGAGGUCGAAGUUGGAUGAGGAGAUUGCGUCCAACCCGAAGUUGAAGGAGUUUAUUGAAGCUACCAAGCCUUCUAGUCAGAGACAGUCAUGGGCUAACGAUGGUGCUGACGGACUGGGAGCUCCAUCUUCAAAAGCUUUGGAAACUGCCUUGGCUGAGCAGGACGGAACUGGCGCUAAGGCUGUGGAUGAAGCUAAGUAUGAGGUUGCACAGGCUCGUGAAGCUGCCAGUGACGACGAGUAUGAGGAUUUCGGUAAGGCUGAAGAGGAAGACGAGCCUAUGAUGAGUCUUAAUGAGCUUCCACAAGAAGAGGAGCCUGUUGAAGGUGAAGGUGAAGGUGAAGCAGAAGACGACGAACUUGCAAAGGAUGAGAACGUUUCUGACCUAGAUUGGCUCAAGCUGAGAAGAAUCAGAAUGAAGGAGAACGAAGAGGAGACUAAAGAGGAGAAGCCAGAAGAACCUAAAAAGCAGAGUCGUCCAGCGCCAGUUGAAGUGCCACAGAAGUCUGAAGCUGAUAGAAUCAGAGAAACAGGCAGACUCUUCAUCAGAAACAUUCUUUACGACUCCACCGAAGACGAUUUCCGUGAGCUCUUCUCUGAAUACGGAGCCCUUGAAGAAGUCCAUAUUGCCAUCGACACACGUACUGGUAAAUCCAAGGGGUUCGUGUACAUCCAGUUUGCUCGCAACCACGAUGCUGUUGCAGCCUACAACGCCUUGGAUAAGCAGAUUUUCCAGGGCAGACUUUUGCAUAUUUUGGCAGCUGAAGCCAAAAAGGACCAUCGUCUUGACGAAUUUGCAUUGAAGAACUUGCCUCUUAAAAAGCAGCGAGAGCUUAAAAGAAAGGCCCAGGCAGGCAAGUCUCAGUUCAACUGGAACUCUCUUUACAUGAACAACGACGCUGUUCUAGAAUCUGUUGCUGCCAAGAUGGGCGUUUCCAAACUGCAGUUGAUCGAUCCACAGAACUCCAACUCUGCUGUGAAACAAGCAUUGGCUGAAGCUCAUGUCAUUGGUGAUGUCAGAAAGUAUUUUGAAGACAGAGGAGUGGAUUUGACGAAAUUCGACCAAAAGGAGCGUGACGAUAAGACCAUUUUGGUGAAGAACUUCCCCUUUGGAACCUCCAGCGCCGACCUUGGUGACCUUUUCGCCGAGUACGGUCAAAUCAAGAGAAUCUUGAUGCCUCCAGCAGGCACCAUCGCCAUUGUGGAGUUCAGAGACUCUCCUGGCGCCAGAGCAGCAUUCACAAAGUUAGCAUACAGAAUGUUCAAGAAGAGCAUUCUUUACUUGGAGAAAGGUCCUCGUGACUUGUUCGUCCGUGAACCAUUGGUUGGAGAAACCGUGGAGGUUGAAGAGCAGCCACAAGAAAAGGCUGUGGAAGCCAAGAUCACUGCUGAUGAUGUCAUGGGCGGCGAUAAGCAUGGAGAAAGCGAUGUGGAGGAUGAAAUUGAAGGUCCUACAGUUUCUGUGUUCGUGAAGAACUUGAACUUUGCUACUACCGCUGCUCUGUUAACUGACUUGUUCAAACAGAUUCCUGGCUUUGUUGUUGCUACAGUCAAGACGAAACCAGACCCCAAGAACCAAGGCAGCGUGCUCAGUAUGGGUUUUGGCUUUGCCGAAUUCAAAUCUAAAGAUGCUGCUGAUAAGGCCAUUCACACCUUGGACGGUUACAACUUGGAAGGCCACAAGAUCCAAUUGAAAUUGUCCCACCGCAAGUCUGGCACAACCAAGGACACCACCGCCAAGUCAAAGAAGUCCACCAAGAUCAUCAUCAAGAACUUGCCGUUCGAAGCUGCCAGAAGAGACGUUUUGGAGCUUUUUGGCGCAUAUGGCCAGAUCAAGUCUGUCAGAGUCCCCAAGAAAUUCGACAAGAGCGCCAGAGGUUUUGCCUUUGUUGAGUAUAACUUGUUGAAGGAAGCAGAGAACGCCAUGGACCAAUUGCAGGGCGUCCAUUUGCUUGGAAGAAGAUUGGUAAUGCAAUAUGCUGAGCAAGAGAGUGAAGAUGCCGAGGAAGAGAUUGAAAAGAUGACAAACAAGAUGAGAAAGCAGGCUGCUUCGAGAGAGGUUGCUGCCAUGAAGAUGACAGGUAAGGGUAAGGUGCAGCUUGACGAAGACGAAGAGGAUCCAUUCAGCGAGUUCUAA